AAAAGGUUCCCUCUCUCUCUCACCAAUUUUCACCCAAGUGCUGACUUCAAAAACACGCUUUGUUCCUUUUUCACCCUUCAUUCAUUUUUUUUUUCUUUCCUUUGUAAACUUUCUUUUUUUUUUCAUAAACUCAUGGGGAAAAGACAACGGUUUGAUCAAGAUGAACAACAGGAGGAUUCUGUUGGUGAGAUGCAUCCUAGAAACAUUUACAAAGAUAAUCCACCAGACUUUACAGCUUUGGCUCAACAGUAUGAAUCUUUUCGACCAUUUGUAUUGGGUGGAACACGACCUUAUAUUGACUUUAAAAAUCCUGAAGCUGUACGUGAAUUGACUUGCUGUUUAUUAAAACAUGAUUUUGACUUGGAUGUACAUUUUCCUUUAAAUCGACUUUGUCCUCCUAUUCCCAAUCGACUAAACUAUCUCUUAUGGAUUGAAGAUCUACUUGAAGAAUCAUCGAUAUCUGAUAAUAAGAAAAAUGUGAUGGGCAUAGAUAUUGGAGUAGGUGCAUCUUGUAUUUAUCCUCUUUUAGGUUGUCAAAUGCACCCUCAUUGGCGAUUUUUAGGCACUGAAUUGGAUGCAGAAUCAUUUGAUUAUGCAAAGAAAAACGUUGAUAGGAAUGGAUUACAAGAUAGGAUUUCUUUGGUAUUGAAUAAGGAUGAGAACAAGAUCUUUUUAUUGGAUCCUAGCAUUGACAGCUAUGAUUUUUGUAUGUGUAACCCGCCAUUUUAUGCAUCUCAGGAAGAAUUACAACAAGGAUUGGAAAAUAAAGAAUUAGAACCUUCUGCUAUAUGUACUGGCACCACAUCUGAAAUGAUUACUGAAGAUGGGGAAUAUGGGUUUAUCAAACGUAUGAUUCUAGAAAGUAAACGAUAUAAAUAUCGAAUCCAAUGGUAUACAAGCAUGAUGGGAUUAAAACGAACUAUUCGACCUAUCACUCAAUUAUUGAAACAACAAGGAAUCACCAAUUAUGUUGUCACGGAAUUUUGUCAAGGAAGAACAAAACGAUGGGGAAUAGCUUGGUCGUUUUCUUCCACUCGUAUAGUGAAAUCAAAAAGUUUAGAAUCUUAUCGUCCAAAAUCACAAUUUACCGUGAAUUUAUCUCUCUCAUUAUCAAGAACAAAAGAAUGUCUCCUAGCCAUCUUGACCGAUUUGGAUAUUCCUAUUCCAUCAUCUACAUCGGAUAAUACCCUUCGCAUCUCUCCUCCAACAAAUACUUGGUCUCGUGCAGCAAGACGAUUACGGAAACGACAAAAACACGAACAACAACAAGAAAACACAUCUACUCCUUCAAAUCUGCCUAGUCUGUCUCUCAUGAUGGAAUGUUCAUUACUGGCUCAUGGCGACACACAAUGUCAACUACGUCUCAGUUGGUUAAAAGGCGAUGAUCGUGCGGUAUUUGAAAGCUUCUGGAAUCAUGUCAAGAAAAGAAUGGAACAAGAGGCUGGUAUCUAUACUGGAAGCACAUUUCAACCCACCUAGUUUUUAUAUAUAUAUAUUUAUUGAUUUCUAUUUUGAUGUAUAUAAUAAUAAUAAACU